AUGAAUAGAGUUGUUCCUCAGGAAUUAAAUGACUCGGCUAUGCCGAUGUAAACACAAGAGGAUAUAAUUGAUUUGUCUGAUGUCAAAUAGCUCAAGAAGCCUAAUCUAGCUGAUUUAGAGAAUUUUAUUUAGCAAACUCAUCCAUUAUCUGGAAAUAGUAGAUAGUAUACUCGAUGCGAAACGUGCAGUUUCGAAACCGGAAGACAUUCCUGUUUAUUUGGUGAUACUUCUGAAAAAAGCUAAGUUGACAAGCUGGGUCUAACACCAACUUUAUAUUUUAGGUUUGUGAAAAAUCUUGCUGAGUGGUUUUUGUUUUUUUCUAUCUUAGCAGCUGUGCCUAUUUUGUUUUAUAUGAAAGCAUUUACUGAGAGCUCAUCAGAGGUUAAAUAGUUUACAGCCACUCAAAAAUUGGUUUCUACUACUCUAGGAUCUCUUGUUUUAGAUAGGACUCAGUGUUAAUAUUUGCUACUUGGUAAUAAAAGCUCAUCUUCUACCACUUCAUAAAUUAGUGAUUACACUUUGUCACUUUAAUGUUCUACUGGAACCUUACCAACCCAAUCAUCUAUGUACUAUUACGGUUUAGUGACUUCGAAGAGUUCUGGCUAAACAUCUGAUACAUGUAUUUUCUAAGAUUUGAGCUAAAUUGAUCAGACAUGCAAUUAGAGUGUUAUCUCUAAUUUUUAGGCUAUUAUAACUCCUUGUUUCGGCCAAACUAGUUGUUAGGUUGCCUUCGAUACUUCUAUAUUUUCUUCUGACUCAGAUUGUCAAUCUAAAGCAAAAAAGUAGAAAAUAUUUGUAAGCACAAUUUGUGAGAAUUCAUAUUAUUAGGUGAAGUGGAAAUUCGAAAAAUCUCAAGCUGUUUUGAUUGCUUCAGUUAUAGAUGGAGCUAUUAUGAUUUGUUUUAUGUAUGUUCUAAUCAGAUUAAAGAUGUCAUAAAAUUAAACAGAAAAAAAUGUUAUCUCAAAUUCUGUAGGCGUUUCUUACUUUACGUUGGAAAUUAAAAAUCUUCCACAAGAUUUUGAAGUAGAUGAGCUUAAAUUUAAACUGAAGAAGCACUUUGAAACAUAAAUAUCAUAGAUCGUGAGCAAAAAAGAGUCAUUCGGAGUCUAUGACAUUUAAGUUGCUACUCCCUAUAAUGUUGUUUAAAGUGAGAAGAAGUUAACUAAUUUACAAAAAAAAAAGUUAGAAUAAAUUUUAAGCUAUUGUAACAAAUUCAGCAUAGCCAUCUAAAAUAAUUAAUUAAGUAUGAAGAUGCUAAAUAACCACUACAACAAUUUAGAAAAAUAGGAAGAUAGAAAGAUAGCUAUGGAAAAGCUAACUAAUAUAGCUAAAAUAUCCUCAUUGAUUGAAAAAGAAAAGAAAAUAUAAAAAGAAUAAGAAAGAUCUGGUUAAAAAAAAAUAAUUUCUGCUUUUGUUACAUUUUAAACCAUGAGAAAUAGAGAUAUUGCAUACUACGCAAUGUAUCAAACAUAUUUAGAUAAAUUUAUUGAGUCUUGUUUGUUCUGCUGCAAAAAUAAAAACGAUAUGAGAAGGUUUGAAUACAGGCUCUUAGAAGUAAAGUCAGCACCAGCUCCUGAAGAUAUCAUUUGGGAAAACUUCUCAAUCUCAUUCUGCAAUAGGUUCAUAAGAAUUAUAUUUUCAACAUUAAUAACUCUAACAUGCAUGAUAGGAACUCUAAUUUUUAUUGUUUUUGUAAAGAACUAAAACCAAAAAUUUUUAAACAAAUACCCUACUGUAAAUUGCCCUAGUAACUCUAGUUCAAUUACUCAAUAAUAGGUUGUUAAAGACUACGAAUCAUAAGUUACAAAAGGUUUACUUGAAUGCUAUUGCAAAAUAAAUCCCUUAGGAAGAUAUAAUGAUAAUUUUACUAUGUCAGAUGGUUCUACUUAAUAGCUAUGCAAAAAUUGGUUUGAAGACCAAGCACUAAUUAUAGCCCUACCCUUUUUAGUUGUAGUUGUUAUCAUAUUUAUCAAUAAUAUUAUGUAAAUUAUCUUCACAUAUUUAUCUAAGCUGGAGGGUUACAGAUAUGUUUCUCAUCAAGUCAGCUCAAGAGUGGCAAAGAUAUUUAUUAUGUAGUUUAUGAAUACAGCUUUAAUUAUUUUAAUUAUGAACACAAAAUUUAAUGGAGUAUCAAAUACAACUAUUUCUAUGCUUCUAGAUGGUACUUUUACAGACUUUAACCCACUAUGGUUCUUAUAAGUCGGCUCUACUAUACUAUUAACAAUGAUAUUUUAUAUUAUGAUGCCUUACUUAAAUUUCAUCUUUUAAAGCUUAUAUAUUUGCUUGAGAAGAUAUUACGAUCGUAAAUGGAGUAGCAAUAAAAAUAUAACUAGAUAAUCAACAUAAGAAAAAUAUGAAUCUGUCUAUCUUAGUCCUAAUUUAUUGAUCGAAGUUCGCUAUGCACAAAUCAUGAAUAUUAUAUUUGUAUGCUUCUUAUACAGUUCUGGACUGCCACUUCUCAUCAUAACUACGUUCUUAUAUUUAAUCAGCACUUAUUAUGUUGAUAAAUUUGCCAUGCUUAGAUUAUGUAGAAAACCUCCUCAAUUCGGAAAAAAUCUUGAAGAUAUUAUAAGAAAUAUUCUUUGGAUCUCUAUUCCUUUACAUUGCUUACUUGGAAUAUGGAUGUAUGGAAGUCCAAAAAUGUUUCCUUCAUCUAUUUCAAACAGUAUCCUAAACUCAAUCAGCUCUUAAGUGAGUUAGCUUGAAAGCCAAAUUAACGAUUAUAAUAAUACUGAUAUCUCUAAGGAAUUUUAUAGUAGAGCUAUAAAAUCUUAGUGUAUUCCUCAGCUAAUAGUUUUACUAUUUUUCUUACUUUAUGUUUUAUAUCUUUUAAUCAAAAAAAGAAUAAUAAUACCUUUGUUCAACUGUAUUUGCUGCUGCUUUAAUUUUGCCGAAGAUGAUCUUAUUUCCAAGAAAAAUGAACUCUAAUUAAUUCCAUACUUUGCAUUUGUAACAAAGCAAGAUCUCAAAUCUAAUUUAAAAUUAUUAUAAAACGAUUUACAAGAAUGCAAAAAUGAUAAUUAUAAGUAAAUUUUAUCCGACAAAUAUACUCUAUUGAGGCAAUAGCUAAAUACUAGAAAAAGCAAUAACGAUAAGCAUUUCUAACUAGAAAAUCUUGAAAAAUAAAGAGGAGUAUCUUGUAAUCUUGUUGGUUUGUAUUCUUACGACAUAAGAGUACAUCCAGAUUAUUCUCAUAAUUGA